AUGCGGCUUCCAAGCCAGUCUGUUGUGGGCCGGCCUCGCAAUAAAACACCAACAAAAUCAGACAGACAAAAUAAAAAAUGUGAUACGGCCUCACAGAGUUUUGAAGAGACUAAUCAUCAUGGAAGCAGUCAGGAACCUCAUAAUAAGUCUGAGAAUUCACUUGUGCAACCUUGGGAGGAGAACUUUGCAAACCCAUCCUGGCACAAGCUGAAAUCUCUUUGCACAUGCAGUGGUGUAACACUGAGUAAAGCUGACUUUGAAAGUCUCAAAGCCCACGAAUUCCUGAAUGACUCAAUUAUUGAUGUGUUCAGUACCUUAAUAAUGGCUGAUACUGAGAAUUGUUAUGCCGAAAUAGAAACUAUUCCUAGUGUAGCACUACAAAACACCGCAAUAGGGAUGAAAUGUUAUAUGGAGGACAUUGUCAAUAGCACUUUAAUCUUAAAUGAUUUGUUGAUAGUUCUUUCAAACAUCAGUUUAAGUCACUGGGUUUCGUUUCUAGUUCUGACGAAACUGAAAUGCAUUCUAGUCUUGGAUCCAUUGUAUUCUAAGAAGCAGUCUUUGGGUCCAAAUGUUAUGGAGCACCUCCAGAUUCUGAGAUAUUUCUUAGCAAGCAGCCAUAGGUUUUCCUUUCAAGGUUUAAAUCUUGAUUGGAGAGAAUGGCAGGUCUAUGCCCCUAGGGAUUUUCUACGGCAGCAAAAUGGGUUUGAUUGUGAAGUUUUUAUCUCCUUGUGGACUUAUUCUGUCAGUUGUGGCAAAAAAUUAAAUGUGUUGGCAACAGAGAUUAAAUGUGUAAAAAAGAAUGAUGUAAAUGGACUAAAUGGACUUAGGACUUAG